AUGGCGACAAUCUCCAUCUCCUGGGGAACCGUCAAAUCCCUCCUCAUAUUCUUCGGCCCAGUGCUACUACCACGUUUAAUCACUGCCUAUCGCAACCUCCGCGCAUCCAUUGCAAGCCGUCCUCCACCGCGCCCUCUACCCGCAGCCCCAGGCCGAGCGCUCAACAUCCUGUUCGGCAGCAUUGUCUUCUUCCUCCUUCUGAGCCUCCCCUUCAACCCUCACGCGCCCGAACCCAACAUCUUCUCCCUGACUCGCUCGCGCAUCAACACCCCGACAGAUAUCCUCUUCGCCCGCCUCGCGCGUUUCCGGCCCGAUGCCCUUCUUACCGCAGCCGACACCCUCCUCCAAUCCAAAUUCACCUCCCUCGGUGCCCGCAAGGUCUACCUGACCUAUGGCCCAGACGCCCUGACUUCGUGCCAGUACUGCUCCUUCGAUAACCUGAACACCUUCCUCAUGUACUACCUACCAUUCCACGUCCUGCUCCCGCAUCUGGUCCACCUCAUGAUCCUCGGCGUAGCCACCUCAGCUCCCAUCGCAGGCCACGAAUCCGCCCGCUGGCGUACGAAGUUCACCAUGGCCGGUCUGGCUCUGGCCGCGAUUGAUGUCUACAUUGUGGCAACCUACGAUGCCAUCUCAAGCGCCUCGCCGUCUGUGCGGUCGGGGCAGACCCCGCCAUCCGGCCUCUACAAUAGCAUCACACUGCUGCGACCGCUGGCGUUCGUGGUCUGCGAUGUCGCCUGUUCAGUGGUGUUAUACCUCUCUGCUACGAAUCGGUUCUUUUUCAAGCAGCCCUCUACAAAUGAGCAGAUUGACAAGGCUGUCUCCAUAGCCGUGAACGCGCUGACGGGUGCCCACACCAAAAUGCAUGCUACCAGUGUUACUCGCAAUGCUGUGGUGCGUGAUAAGGCCCUGAAGAGUCGCGAUGAUUUGUACUGGCAGACUAUGGUGGCCUCGGAGAACCCCACUCAGGCGGGAGAAGGGAAGAUCCUCAACAAUAUUUGGGAAGAGGAGGAAGUGGCUCGAGCCAUGUCGCGGGCGAUGGCUGGCCAAGGAGGUAUCGACCUGGCACAAUUGGGUGUCAGUGCGAAUGACUCCAAAAAUAGCGGCGUGGCGGAUGAGGCAGGUCCCACACGCAUCUCGGCCCUGAACAUUCUCGACUCUGGACUCUCGACUCUCGACUUCUCCGACUUCUCCGACUUCUCCGACUUCAGCUUCCCCAGAAUCUCCCUUUUUCACAACUCUGGUGCACUCUUCACCAUGUCCAAAGAGACCUCCGUAGCGUCGGAGCGCAAUGCAUACGUUGGAUCGAGGGUCAAGGAGACCACGUUCCGUGAAUGGGUGGUCGCCAAUCAAAUCGGUAUGAAUACCCCAACUGUUCCUGACCCAAUUCGAGCAGCGAGAAACAGAGUGGAAAUCCGCGCUGUGUCGCAGAGAAAUGCUGCGCUCAUGUUUAUACGCAUUUCCAUGACCAUCCUGGCUAUGUUACUAGCCUUGCACAACCUCUACCCCUCGCUCCGACCCUAUACACAGCCUUUCUUCCAAUUGUCCUACUACGAUGCAGCCUCGAAUUCAUACGUGCAGGGCUGGGACGAUGUCUACUUCGUCUUCAGUGCCGCUGUCGCAUUCACCGGUAUACGCGCCAUUGUUAUCGAAUGGAUUAUUCAGCCAAUGGCUCGCUCGGCGGGAUUGAAACGGAAGCAGGCUGUCCGUGUUGCUGAGCAGGGCUGGAAUGCUAUGUAUUACUCGUUCAUCUGGGGCGUGGGAAUGUAUCUCUGGAAGAAUUCCUACUACUGGGGUGAUUUUGCUCCCAUCUGGUCCAGGUGGCCUGCGCGUCCUCUCUCCGGGCUGAUGAAGUGGUACUUGCUCGUGGAACUUGCAUUCCUCGUGCAGCAGAUCUUCGUCAUCCACGUGGAGGAGAGGCGCAAGGAUCACUACCAGAUGCUUUCUCACCACAUCAUUACCAGCGCUCUUUUGAGCUCCGCUUACAUUUACGGGUUCUACAAUGUAUCCAACGUGGUGCUGUGUUUGAUGGAUGUUGUGGACUUCCUGUUACCGUCGGCGAAAAUUCUCAAGUACCUCAAGUUCGAAACAGCCUGCAACAUUGGAUUUGGUCUGUUCAUGACCACUUGGUUCAUCACGCGUCACAUCAUCUACCCAGCCCUUUGCUGGUCCAUCUAUAAAAAUGUCCCGGCGCAAAUGUCAUACGGCUGCUACUCCGGUUCGACAGCUGAGAUGAUCUCCGAGAAUGGCUACCCGAACUCCUUUGCAUACCUGUUCGGACCGUAUUUCAACCUGGAGAACCCCAUCUGCAUGAACCGCACCGUGAAAUGGAUCUUCUUGUCCCUUUUGCUGACACUGGAGGGCCUAUCUAUUGUCUGGUUCAGCAUGAUCGUUCGUGUUGCAUACGGUGUUCUCUGCGGCGGUAACGCCGAGGACUCCCGCAGUGACGAGGAGGAUGAGGCCGAGGUCGAGGACCAACCCGCAUCCCACGUUCCAGUGCACCUUGUUGUCAAGGAUGGUGCCACUCCCGACACAAUUGCCAUCGACGGUGCCCCUGGCCUGGACCGUCGGCGGUCCAACGGAGCCUCGGUACGUGCCCGGGGCCGUGGCCGUGUUCCAUUCGACCAGAGUGAUCGGAAAGCCCUACUCGGCCGCAUUGGAUGUGAAAAGCCCACAUAG